ACUGUUGGGCAUUUGAAGCAAAGGACAGCAGAGGGAUUGGACCAGAAAUAGAGGCAAGAAAGGACAGAACAUUUUAAGAAGAGGACUUCAGUACAACCGAAGACUAUUCUCACACAGUUAGGAAAUCUGUAAAAGAAGGAGACGGAAAUAGUUGAAGCGUGAAAUGUUACUUUGCAGCAGGUGAAGAGGACGAGCAGAGGGACAAACAUAGACAAGGAAAAUGCUGAGUGUGGAGAUGUACCCCAGUUUGGCUCUGGGGCCACAAAGGAUCGGAGACUGCUUUUACAGAGACCGCCAGGCUCCAGCCCACAUGCCGCUGUACCCUCCUACCUGUGAUGCGGCGGCCAAGGCCCUGCCACCGAGGCUGCUGGCCCCUCCGCCAGUCCCCAACAACCCUGCCACCAAAACCCCAAAAGAUGAUGUGAAAAUGGAGCUAGAGAACGCGUCUUUAUGGAAACAGUUCAGCUCGGUGGGCACAGAGAUGAUCAUCACGAAGAAGGGCAGACGGAUGUUCCCCGGUCUGAGGUUAAAGCUCUCGGGCCUGAACCCAUCUCUCCGUUACAUCCUCCUCUUGGACAUCAUCCCGGCGGACAACUCCCGCUAUCGUUUCCAAGGUGGUGGCUGGCAGGCUGUUGGUGGGGCAGAAGCGAGACUACCAGACCGGGUUUUCAUUCACCCGGACUCACCUGCCACAGGUGCUCACUGGCAGAGCCGAACCAUCUCGUUUCACUACGCCAAGCUCACCAAUAACACACUGGACACACAGGGACAUAUAAUCCUACACUCGCUGCAUCGUUACCAACCCAGAGUUCAUGUAAUAGAAGCCAGAGAUGUGCUGAGGUGGGGCGGAGGGCAACACUCCUUUGUUUUCCCUGAAACCCAGUUCAUCACAGUCACUGCCUACCAGAACAACAAGAUCACAGAGCUGAAGAUCAACUCCAACCCCUUCGCUAAAGGCUUCCGAGAGGAUGGCAUGAACAGCAAAAAACAAAGAGACGCAAGACAGAAGCGCAAAAUAUCUGUUUUGACAGAAACUUUGGAUAUUGUAAACUGCGAUCCAUGCGACUCUGCUGAGCUCCUGCAACAGCCGAUAGGCACCACCACCAGCACAGACCUGCAGGCCCUCGCUCUGGCCUCUUUGCCCCAAUUGCCUGACCCCUCCUGCGGGUUCAGACCAGAGGAGGCCUCCUAUCAGGACACGAUGGUCCAGGAGCAGCCACUAGACCUCGGUCAGGCUUUCAUGGCAUCCCAGAUGUCUGAUAUCAGCAUCUCCAUGGCCAAUGAGAUGCAGAACACACCGGGAAGUGAAGUGGCAAAUAAUAUGAUUGAAGGAUCAGACGCUACAUCUUACUCCUCCACUUUCCCGACUGCUCAGUCCAACUCUUUCCCCUCGGCUCCUCUUCCUCAGUCAUCCUCCUCCUUCUCCUCCCUGCCGGUCUCUGACUCUUCGGAUACAUCCAAUCCUCAGGCCUCCAUCCCUCCUAUUGACUACCCCUCCAUCCUCUCUUCCUCCCCCACACUCUCCUCCUCCUCCACCACCACCACUCCCUCACUACAGCAGACCACCUUCACCUUUCCCACCCCGCCUCCUUCUAACUCCUCCUCACCGCAGCCACUCCUCUCCUCCUCCUCCCCCACUGCCUACCAUACCAUGCCGGAGACAAUCAGCCCGCAUACACCUACAGAUUCCUCUUUUCCUGCCCAGUCUUCCGCAUGUCAGUCGGGUAUUCAGGAUCAAAUAUCGGCGCAUUCUCUGCUUGCCCAAACUAGUCAGCCAAUGCCGGGUGAUACUAUUAGUGCUGUAAAUAAUGCGACAAGUGAUCAAGGCUCAACAGCAUUUAUGUAUCCAAAUAUCCUUCCUACAAAUCCUGCUCCAGUUACCACUCAGCCUCUCCCUAACCUAAACCAACCCCAUGCUCCAAGUCUGCAGUGCUCCCUACCCACCCAUGGUGGCCCCACAUCUUUUGCCUUCCCCUCAGUCCCUCCACACAUGCAAAAUCUGUCAUUUCCAAAUGUGGCUCCCACCUCUGCCCACCCUGCCCUCCACCUCCAAAAUCUGAGCCACCAAGCCCAAGUACCCUCCCUCGCUGCCGCCUUCCCUCCCUCCUCCUUCACCCAUCCAUCAUCCUCCCUUUCUCACCCUUCUUUCCAACCCUCCUCUUGCUUGGCUGUCUCCUCUUCUUUCCAGCAGUCUGCACAAACAGCCCAUCCUCAGAACAUGCCCAACCCUCCCACUUCCUCCUCAUACCCCCCAGUUGAAAUAGGCGCCAUGACUCAGUUCAAUCCUGCAGCCCCCUACCGCCCAGAGAUGGUACUGCACCACCCGUCUCUUCUCCCUCAGCUGGAUCCAUCACUUCCCUCCAGUCUACCCACCUCCACCCCUCCCUCAACUCUCUACCCUGCCUUUCCAUCCUACCCUCUCCGGCUUUGUCAGGACCCUCACUCAUCCCUCUCUAUCCCAUUCAGGCAUCUGUACAACACCAGCAUGGGUACGCCCACCCCCAGGGGUCCUACCUGGAUAUGAGAAUUGUGUUUUAAAAUAUAAACGAUAAUGUUGACUAAAUGUUUUGGCUUGAUAGCGCUUUUAGGGGUUUUAUCAAUGUGUAGCAUUAGUUUAAAUAGCCCAAUGUACUGUGAGUGUGUGUGUGUGUGUAUUCCCAAGAAUUAACAGAUUAAUGAAAUUGAACCAGAUUUGUAAAUAGCUGUUGAAGAUUUGCUUUUCAGAUAUCCAUUCCAGUGUGGAAAAUAAAAAAAAGUCUCAUGUU